AUGGUUGUUGCAUCGUUUCUAAUCUGGAAAUACGAACUUUCAGACAACUCAGAAUCCGAAAGAGGGACGAUACAGAAUGACAGCUCGUUUUGUUUGUACUAUAAUAGAUCUUGGAAACCUUGUAUAAAAGAGAUUCACCCCGUUUUCUUAAUGGUUUUUCGGGUGAUUGCUUUCUGUCUGCUUUUUACGGCUAUGAGUUUCGAUAUAGCUAUUCAUGGAUUUGAGCUAUUUUUCUACUACACCCAGUGGACAUUUAUUUUAGUCACCGUCUAUUUUGGGCUCGGGUCAUUGCUUUCCAUGCAUGGAUGUUUCUACCAGCUUAAAUUAAAUGAAAAAAACAAAUGCCCUUCAUCACAGGAUAUGGAGAAAGGUUUAUAUGCUAACCUAGUGUAUGGAGCCAAUGGAGAUGGAAUGGAGUUGUUAGAAAAGUCGGACCACCCUGGAACCUCCCUUUGCUUUUGGGACAGUCUAUUUCAAGUUCUGUUCCAGAUGACAGCGGGAGCAGUAACUAUAACUGAUGUUAUUUACUGGUGUGUGAUAUUCCCAUUUAUGGCUCUUAAAGAUUAUGAAAUGAAUUUUCUGACAGUUGUAACACACUCGCUUAACGCUGUUUUGCUCAUUGGGGAUACUGCUGUAAAUAGCCUGCAAUUCCCUUGGUUCCGGAUUUCAUACUUCAUUUUGUGGACGGGUGUUUAUGUCAUCUUCCAGUGGAUUGUUCAUUCCUGUGUUGAUAUCUGGUGGCCAUAUCCUUUUCUUGAUUUAUCAGCAGCUCAUGCUCCACUCUGGUAUUUGGUGGUUGCAGUAAUGCAUGUCCCCUGCUAUGCUCUCUUCCUACUCUACUACUCUGAGGUUCAAAGUUUUUCAGUAGCCGGUCGAGUCGACCGGCGUUCGUUAUUGAGUCGAUCACCCGUUCGGACUGAGUUUUGCCGCCGUUCGCUUGAGCUACCCAUUUCUUGCCCCAAAGAGUUAUUCGAGCGCCUACUGAAUAAAGAAGACUUGAGCGAAGAGGAAGCAGAGGGAUCGCUCGAUUUCUUGCUAACCAAUGGCUCCGAAGCUUCAAUCAGCGCCUUUCUCGUUCUCCUCCGAGCCAAAGGUGAAACAUAUGAAGAGAUUGUGGCCAUGGCAAGGGCUAUGAUAAAAUGUUGCAGAAAAGUAGAUGGUUUAGAAAACGCGGUGGAUAUAGUAGGGACAGGUGGCGAUUGUUCCAACAUGGUGAAUAUCUCUACUGGGGCCGCAAUUCUCGCGGCUGCCUGUGGAGCUAAAGUAGCUAAGCAAGGGAAUAGGUCUAGUUCUUCUGCGUGUGGUAGUGCGGAUGUUUUGGAAGCUUUAGGAGUGGCCAUUAAUGUCGAGCCUGAGGGAGUUCGAACUUGUGUGGAACAAACGGGAAUCGGAUUUAUGAUGUCAACUAACUAUCAUCCGGCCAUGAAGACUUUUGCUCCCGUGAGGAAAAAGCUCGGAGUGAAGACCGUGUUUAACAUUCUCGGUCCCAUGUUAAAUCCUGCUUGUGUAUCUUUUUCGGUUGUUGGAGUUUAUAAAGAAGAUUUGGUUGGUAAGAUGGCUAAAGCAUUACAAAGAUACGGAAUGAAAAGAGCAUUAGUCGUAAAUUCCGAGGGGUUAGAUGAAAUGAGUCCGCUCGGGCCUGCAGUGGUGCUUCAUAUUACACCCGAAACUAUUGAGAAGUUUUCUUUCGACCCAUUGGAUUUUGGUAUUUCUCGGUGCACAUUAGCAGAUUUACGAGGGGAAGAUCCAAAAUACAAUGCGGAGUUGAUGAGGCGUGUGCUAUCGGGCGAGACAGGAGCCAUUGCAGAUUCAUUUGUGUUAAAUGCAGCUGCAGCAUUAUUUGUGUGUGGGAGAGUCCACAGCUUGGGAGAAGGGAUAGCUUUGGCACGUGAAGUACAUUUGUCGGGAAAAGCUUUGGAUACUCUUAAUCGAUGGAUUAGUCUCUCGAAUAAGUUGGCAAGGUGGGACGAGCAGCAAAUCUUAUUGGGCAUGGUAUAA